CUCUAAACCGCUCAAAACCGCUAUCAGCAAUAUGGGUCUACUUGCCCUGGUUUGGCUUCUCCUGGCGGCUUCAGCAUCGUCCGCCUCUGCGGAGCUGCUUGGACAAUCAACGUCCCCAGCCCCAGUUCCACCGCCGUUGUACUCACAGUCUAGUCCGCCGCCGCUGCCACCAUCAUACCCACCGUCCAAGUCGCCUCCUCCUGUACCAAGCUCGAGCCUACCUCCGCCCUUGCCAACUCUUUCACCGUCACCCGUCGCUCAACAACCAACGUUUACCUUCCCUGGGCUUGCAAGCUUCAUUGGCCCAGCCAAGUCAUGCCAAGGCUUUGCUCUUGAUGGGUACGGUACCUACAACCUGACUACGGCAACCGAUGGCAGCUUCACGGGUGGCUCCUCACCUUCGGCUGUCGAGGUCUUUGUCGUCGUCACGUCGUCUGGCUCAUCGUGCACAGACGCCUUCACAACCCUCCCUCUCCCGUUUUCGGUCGCUGGGGCGCUGUAUCGGCCCACGUCUAGCGCCGGGUCCAUGAGCGCUAUCGCCACACCGGCAACACGGCUUUUGCAGUACACCAUGGCCACUACAGACAACGUCGUUGGCCUUACCUAUGGCUACUUUGGGAUCAACGCGACAAGCGCUCCCGCUGGCGCGUUUGCCGCUAUACGUAGCAACUCAACGGCGGG